AUGGGCUUUGCUACGAAAUACCUUAAGGAUGAAGAAUUUCAAAAACAAUGUGGAAUGAUUGAUGCACUUGCAUUCCUUCCAUUGCACCUCGUAGAAGAUGGAAUGAAAUAUUUAAAAUAUAGUUUGCCUGAAAAUCUUAUGGAUUUAUUAGAUUAUUUUGAUUCGUAUUAUGUAAAUGGUAAGUAUCGAAGAAUUGGAAACGACGAAAAUAACAUGAGGUUUCGAAAACUGCCACCAAUGUUCCCACCAGCUGUGUGGAAUGUAAAUAAAACCACCCUCAAUGACUGCCACAGAACCAACAACAUCGUUGAAGGGUGGAAUAAUAGGUUUUCCAAACUAGUUGGUCAAAAACAUCCUACAAUUUGGAAACUUAUUAGGAAAAUUAAAAAUGAAAUUGACGCCGAUCGAGUACAGUCAGCAUUGGAUGCUUUGGGUGAACCUAGGCGUACAAAAAGAGGACAAAAUCAAACAAUAAAUAUCCGCUUGAAAGAGUUAGUUAUAAGACAAAGUGAAGAUAAAUUAAGCAUUGGAGACUUUUUGACAGCUGUGUAA